CCGCGCAAGCGCAGUAGGCCCAGUGCGUGCUGGCCGGAGUUGCAGGGGGGGCGCAGAGACCUGGGUUGCAGAGAAAGGAUCCUAUUGUUUGCUAUGUAAUCCUCAGAAUGGACUGGAAAAGAGGAAGAACUGGGUGGGAAUCUUUUGCGGAAACCCAGGGUAUUUCCAGACCAGUCCCUGGGCACCAGCCAGAGCAUGGACUGACCAGGUACCUGGAUGGAGACCUGAACUGGAGGAGAUGCACAUUGGAGGAAAUUGUACAGGCUGUCAGCAUGGAAAAGCAGCCCCAGAACAGCAGGAGAGGCCUCGCUCCCCGAGAGGUACCCCCAGCCGUUGGGCUGCUGCUGGUCAUGGCCCUGAUGAACACUCUGCUCUACCUCUGCCUCGACCGCUUCUUCAUUGCCCAUCGGCAGUCCCUGGUGGACCCCAGACACUGUCCCUAUGGUCACUUCAGGAUAGGACUGAUGAAAAACUGCUCACCUUGGCUGUCCUGCGAGGAGCUGAGAACAGAAGUGAGACAGCUGAAGCGUGUCGGGGAAGGAGCCGUGAAGAGAGUCUUUCUGUCUGAGUGGAAGGAGCGCAAAGUUGCUCUCUCACGGCUCACCAGCCUGGAGAUGAAAGAUGAUUUCCUCCAUGGACUGCAGAUGCUGAAAUCUCUACAAGGUGCACAUGUUGUCACGCUGCUUGGCUAUUGUGAGGAUGACAACACAAUUCUUACUGAAUAUCAUCCUCUAGGUUCCUUGAGUAACCUGGAAGAAAUACUAAAUCUUUCAAAGUACCAAAACGUGAACACGUGGCAGCACAGGCUGCAGCUGGCCAUGGACUAUGUCAGCAUCAUUCAUUACCUGCACCACAGCCCCGUGGGCACGCGGGUCAUGUGCGACUCCAACGACCUGCCGAAGACACUGUCCCAGUAUCUGCUGACAAGCAACUUCAGCAUUGUGGCAAAUGACUUGGACGCCUUACCCCUGGUGAACCACAGCUCCGGGACGCUGGUAAAGUGCGGCCACAGGGAACUGCAUGGGGAUUUUGUGGCUCCAGAGCAACUGUGGCCCUAUGGAGAGAACAUGCCUUUCCGCGAUGAUCUCAUGCCCUCAUAUGACGAGAAGAUCGACAUUUGGAAGAUCCCAGAUAUCUCCAGUUUCCUUCUGGGGCACGUUGAAGGGAGUGAUAUGGUUCGAUUUCAUUUGUUUGAUAUUCACAAAGCAUGCAAGAGCCAGACUCCCUCAGAAAGACCCACUGCUCAGGACAUUCUGGACACCUACCAGAAGGUCUUGGAUACGCUUAGAGAUACCGUGAUGUCUCAGGCAAGAGAAAUGCUGUGAAAACCAGACCAGCCAGUGAAGGUGGCAUAGCAUGCAUCUGAUUUCCCAAGCCAGAAACCUCAGAGUCAUUCUUUGCUCCAGGAAGAAAUAUAAUUGAGUUUUAAAAAACUCCACUUAUUGACUCAUUGUAUAAUAAAAUGCAACAGUUUUAAGUGUUCAAGGAGUUUUGAUACAUUUAUGUACUUGUGUCACUAUCCCCAUAGGUGAAGAGACAAAACAGUUCUAUCACACUGGCAAAUUCCUCGGUUUCCCAUCCCAAUCAAUCCUUUCCCCUCUGCUGGCUCCAGGCAAUGACUCUCUCCUUUCUUUUUAGAAAAAUUAGAAUUUCUUUUCUAGAGUUCCAGUAAUGGAAUCAUACAGUAUCUAAGUCUGUUUGUGGUGCUGUAACAAAAUACCUGAGACUGGGUAUUAUACAUUAUAGGAAUUUAUUUCUCACAGUUCUGGAUGCUGAAAACGUCAUGAUCUAGGCGCUAGCAGGUUUGGUGUCUGAGGGCCCAGUUUCUUCUUUGAUGAUAGUGCCUUGAACACUGUGUCCUCACAUGGUAGAUGGGGCAGAUGGGCAAAAAAUAAAAAAUAAAAAAAGGUGGGGGCAAAUGCUGUGUGCAGCCGCUCUCAAAGGGCUUAAGCUCAUUUACCAUGGAAGAGCUCUCAUGACCUGAUUAUACCUCCAAAGACCCACUUCUUAUUACUAUUGCAUUGGAGAUUAAGUUUCAACAUGAAUUUUGGAGGGAUUUAAACCAUAGCAUAUAGUGUAGUAUAUAUAUUUUGUGUCUGUCUGCUUUUGUUCAGUGUAAUGUUUUUGAGGUUCAUCUAUGUUGUUGCAUGUAUCAGUAGGUUAUAUCUAUUGGUGCACAGUUAUUCCAUGGUAUGGCUGUACCACACUCUUCAUUUACCUGCUGAUGGAUAUUGCAUUGUUUCCAGGUUGAGGUUAUUAUGAAUAAAACUGCUGUUAACCUUAAAAUACAA